CGGGCCGCCUUGCUCUACGAAGUGGAUGCGUUUCCGUAAGGAUUUACGGACGUCUCAUUCACUCUAACUGGCUUCAGGCGGAGCCUGAACGUGUUUUAGAGCCUUCCUCCAAAUCCGUAACACAUGUUUAGAAGCCAAGACACGUAUCCUGCACCUGCUAACGUGGCUUCCCUUGCAUACUGGUGUGCCCCGCACCGCGAAGAGAAGCCAUCGAGGACUUUGGCAACUAUUCAGUCACUGCAUCUGAAUCAGAACGAUGUCAUUUUGAAGCCUCCAAGUUGUUGCCACUGUCUCUGCACAGUGAACGACCAGCGCACAGACUCUAACGUCCGUGUGUGCGGCCUCGAUGUUCACGAGGGGUCCGCCGAGGCGCCCGUCGAGCAGUGCGAACCUCGCGCGCGUACAGAGAGGGGCGAUUCCCGUCUCCGGAUGUAGAACGUCGAUGAUCAGACUGAAAAGGCGCGAGGAGGAGAGGGCGUCACAGUCAG